CAGGCACCAGGCGAGUCCUGCAGCCCGACCCCAGACCCUGCUCUGCCCCCUAUGAGGGAGAAGUAGGGAACCGAGCCCUGCUGGGGCCGGCUCUGCCUGGUGACUGAUGAUGCUGCCCAGACCCGAUGCUGCCUGGCCCCUGGGCUGGGGGUGCCCAAUCCCCGGGGCCGUGGGCAGCGUCCCGGGGCUGGUGCUCGGAGCUGGGCAGAGAAGGUCUCAGUCUGGGGGUCUCGAUGACUUUCCAGCUCUCUCCCUCCUGAGCAGCGAUGGGGGCAAGUCAGAUCCUGGGGGCCGGGAGCUGCUGGGCUGAGGCUCUGCUGGUGACAGUGACGGUGCUGAGAACCCACCUGGCUCAUUUCACAGAGCCCUCAGAGCAUUUCCUGUACCAGAUAAAGGCUGAGUGUUACUUCACCAACGGCACCCAGCGGGUCUGGUAUCUGUACCGGGACAUCUACAACAGGCGGCAGGAUGUGCACUUCGACAGCGAGCUGGGGGUGUUCGUGGCGGACACGGAGCUGGGACGGCCUGAUGCCGAGCACUGGAACAUCCGGCUUGAGAGCCUGGCGCAGGCGCGGGCUGAUGUGGACACGUUCUGCGGGUACAACUACGAGGUGUUCGAGCCUUUCACCAUUGACCGGAGAGGUGACUCUCUCUCUCUCUCCCCUGUUCAGCCCAAGGUGAAAGUUUCUCCCACAAAAUCAGGGUCCCACCUCCACUCCCACCUGCUGGUUUGCUCUGUGACGGGGUUUUACCCCUCGGGGAUCAAGAUCAAGUGGCUGAAGAACGGGCAGGAGCAGACAGCCGGGGUGGUGUCCAUGGAGCUGCUCCAGAACGGAGACUGGACCUUCCAGAUCCUGGUGAUGCUGGAGAUGAGCCCCCAGCGCGGGGACGUCUACACCUGCCAGGUGGAGCAUAUCAGCCUGCAGGGCCCCCUCGCCGUGCACUGGGAGGCGCAGUCUGACUCCGCCAGGAGCAAGAUGCUGACGGGGGUCAGGGGCUUCGUGCUGGGGCUGAUCUUCCUGGCGCCCCGACUCCUCAUCUACCUGAAGAAUAAGAAAGGGCGCCCCAUUCCCCAACCUGCAGGUAAUUUCAAUCCCCCUCCCCCAUUAAACCCGCCUCCCUCUACACUGCACAGGCUGCCUGGGGCACCCAUGGGGUGGCUGCUUCUGCCCCUCGGCCCAUGA